AAACAAUAAUCUGUCAUCUAUAUAAAGGAAACUGGGGGAUACUCGGCGUCAUUUUCGCGACGACGACGCGCUGAAGAAAACCCAACCUUGGCACUCUGUUUCUCCACUCAUCAGGUACUUGCACCUUACCCAGUUCUGCAUUCUGCAUUCGAAAGUUAUGGGUUUCUAUGCCAGAGUGGGCCUAAUCUUGGCGGCGGCCGUUUUUUGCGUAACGAACUCGGGGAAAUUACCGAACAGUAUCGGAAGAUGCAGUGUUAAAGAUCCAGAAUUCAACGAAUGCCUGAAGAAAAAUGUCGAAGACGCCAUCCACCAAUUCAAAAAAGAAACGCCCGAAUUGGGAUUAAACACCCUAGAUCCCCUGGAUAUUCCAGAGCUGAUAAUUGGAGAAGGUCACGGCCCGGUGAACGUGGUGCAGCACUUCAAGAACGUUAAAUUGUACGGCUUGACGGAUUCGAUAGUGCUAUCAGCGAGUGCGGAUUUCAAGAAUCGCAUACUCCACGCGACCUCCAUCACUCCCGAAUUGCGGCUGCAGGGCGAAUACUCGAUGAGAGGCCGGGUGAUGCUUCUGCCUGUGUUCGGUGAUGGGCCGUGUAAUGUCACUUUGUACAACACCAAAAUCAACCACACCAUCUACGCGGAGCCGUUCCAGAAGAAGGGCAAAACGUUCUGGCACUUCUCCAACUACACGGUGACCCUGCGACCGGACAGGAUGACCUACAAAUUCGACAAUCUCUUCAACGGCGAGGAGCGGCUGGCCAACAACAUCUUGAACGUCCUCAACGAGAAUUGGAACGAGGUCUUCACCGACGUCCGAGACGGUUACGAGAAGAGCUUCGGGCUCAUUUUCCACGGACUGGCGAACAGGGUAUUUUCCAAAGUGGCCGUAGCGGAUAUAUUCAUGGACGUCGAGGAUUUAGUUUGAGAGAUUUCUAUGCUGUUUUAAUGUACCUUGUGAUUUUUGUUGAAAGUAUUAAAUUUAAUAGAGCUAAUUUUCUGUUAAGAACAUAAAUAUAGUGUAUAAAUUUAAAUAAAUAGUAGGUAGUAUACGGCAGUCGAUUAUACCAAUUUAUCCACGACAGGAAAUACUCGUAAGUAGAAAAAGCGUAGAGUAUUGGGUAAAAAAUUUUUAAGUAUCCCUAUAUACGAGAUGAAAAAACAAUCCAUGAGGGUAAUUGUAACUUCAGUCUCCCUUAUGGAACUUUUUAGAAAAGACUUAAAAAAAGGGCACACUUUUAAUUCAGCUUUAUUAAUCUUGAGGUCGGUAGUCGAAUAAAAUAUGCAUUUAAAAUUACACAAAUUUUAUCUCGUAGGUACUAUUUACAACAUCACAGGAUUUUAAUAUCUAAAACGUGUUCCUUUUAUUCUACGUGUUUUUUAGUCAUCGUAUUUAAAUGGGAAAUAUGCACUACAUAAAGUCGCAGAGUGAAGAAACUGGCGUGGCGCAAUCGCAGAAAUUUUCAAUGCGAACUCAAAUAAAUAAAAAUGCAGUUUGCGUAUUACGAAAAGUAGUAAAAUGUUUUUGAACAAGGCUAAAUUAACUGAAGGUGGAUUUAUCAACACGCACAUAAAUUUAUCAAAUAGUCAAUUGUGGAUCAUUUAUUUAUCUAAGCAUUGAUAAACACACCCUAAAUCAUUUAAAUAUGUAGAUAUGUGGUUUAAAAAAACGCUAAUAUUAUUAAAUAAUAAAUUUAUGCCACUACUUGACAUACAGUUUGUCGCUAUUUUAU